GGCCUGCUGUUGAAGAAAUGGUAUAUUCAACCAUGCCUGCUCCUACUCUGAAUAACAUUGCCCUGACUGCCGCAGUUGUGGGCGGAGCAGUGGGUGUUGCAGCCUACUUCUGGCUCAGACGCAGAGCCACAGCUGCCGGCCACUUUGUGCCCGUGGGCCACUUGGCCAACAUUUCGAUUCAUCCAAUCAAGUCCCUUGCUGGAGUAGAUGUGUCUUACGCAGACUGCACAGUGGCUGGACCAGCCUACAAAGGGCUGAAGGACAGGCAAAUUCUCGUUGUCAAGGGCGACUCCUUUGUCUCUAUGCGCGAAGAACCCCGCCUUGGCAUGAUUAGAGUUGCCUUCGACGAGGCCAAGCUGGCACUGACACUGACGGCUGAUGGCUAUCCGCCACUAACCGUGGAUGCCUGUGAUCCUGAAGAGCAGAGAAAACCUUCGUUCACCGUCAAGGUACGAAUGUUCAGUUAUAAAGGCACUGAAGUGUCUCAAGAAGCCACAGAUUGGUUUAGGAACUACCUCAAGCAUGACGAUGCUCGUCUGGUGAGGAUCAUUCUUGAUCGAGCGACCAUCAUCCGAGGGAAGAAUGGUGCUGCGCCGGUGGCCUUCCAAGAUGAAUCGGCAUUUAACGUCCUCUCAAAGGCAUCCCUCGAUGGGCUGUUGUCAAAGCUGCCUGCAGGUAGUAACAUUCAACGGCGAAAUUUUCGGCCCACGCUCUUUAUAGACGGCUGUGAUGCCCACUCAGAGGACCACUGGCGACGCUUCAAGAUCUCAGACGCAGAAAUGGCAUUCUUAAACCGCACAACAAGAUGUAUCUUGACGACCGUAGAUCAAGACAGAGGCAUUAGGACUGACAAAGAGCCUCUUGUGACACUGCGCAAGUACAGAAUUGACAGAUCCGAAGAAGGAGUAAAGAAGUACCAAUUGCAGCCCCUCCUUGGCGUAGGCACAUUCCACGUCAGAGAUGGAAGAAUCACAGUCGGAGAUAAAGUCUACGCUCUACUGUCCCCGAAACCUCUACUCUGAGCAGUAAUUUCGGUCGCAA